AUGGAGAAGAAUAUGAACACCAUCAGCCUGGUUUUUACUCUCUUGUUGUCGGGAACUAUAAUUGGGAGGUUGGAUCACGUUGAGCGCGCUAAACAUUGCACACAUAAAUUCAGAAGCAAGUGUUGGGAGGCCGAACCACGCAACUGUGAACCAUUUGACUGUGCCAAGCUAUUUUGCUAUUGUUUGUCCGGUUGUCAAAACUCAACGGAGUCCCAACCGCCUGCCACAGAGCCUGAGCCGCCAACCACGGAGCCUGAUCAGCCGCCAGCCACAGAGCCUGAGCCGCCUGCAUUUGAUAUAUGA